AUGUCAAUACUAAUUCCGGUGGCCAUCAUCUUAUUCUUGGUGUACCUUUUAUCAUUCUAUGAUAAUAUCAGGCUGAUGAGAAAGUUCUGGAUCUAUGGAGGGAAGAUGCCAGGACCACCAGCUCAUCCGAUAUUCGGCAACGCGUCCCUCUUCAAAAAUAAGACAACGGAAGAUUUCGUCGAAAUCUUUGUUAACUUGGCUAACGAAGCUCGAGCGAAAGGUGCAAACUUGAUGAGGACUCAAGUGAUGAAUCGUAUUUAUGUCUGGCCAUUAAACGGGAAGACUGCCGCGACUAUUCUAGAAUCUUCUACAGAAGUGAACAAGGGCGACGACUACUCAUUUCUGGUGCCAUGGCUCGGUGGGGGCCUGUUGAUGGAGCAGGGGGAGAAGUGGAAGAAUCAUCGGAAGAUGUUGACGCCAGCGUUUCAUUUUGCAAAGUUAGAAGGGUACUUGGAUGUCUUUAAUAGUGAAUCGAAGAUCCUCAUCGACUGCAUCGAGAAAGCGAUGGAAACUCAGGACACCAUAGAUCUCUUCCCAUUUUUCAAACGAUGCACCCUGGAUAUUAUUUGUGGGACUGCGAUGGGUAUCAAGUUUAACGCUCAAAUCGAACAUCAUCAUGAGUAUGUGAAAGCGGUGGAGGGAUUCAAUAAGUUGACGGUCGAGUACUCGCUCAACCCAUUCCUCUGGAACAAAUUCGUCUACUGGGCACUGGGCUAUCAAAAAAUGCACGAUGACUUUCUCCUAGUCCUCAAAAAAUUUACAAACGACGCCAUUGUCGAAAGACGUGCCGCGUUGGCGUCAGGAGCCGUCGAGAAGGAAACGUCGAAGCGAAAAAUGAAUUUUCUGGAUAUCCUGUUGUCGAGUGAGGAGUCGAUGGAGUUGACUUCAGAAGACAUCCGCAAAGAAGUCGACACCUUCCUAUUCGCCGGUCACGACACAACAUCCACCUCGCUGUCCUGGUUGUGCUGGAAUCUUGCACACAACGCGGACGUCCAGGAGAACGUGUACCGUGAGAUUCUGGAGGUGUUCGGCGAGGACCCAAAUGAAGACGUCACGUCGGAGAAGAUAAACCGUUUAGAGUAUACGGAAAGGGUGCUGAAAGAGUCGAAACGCAUGUUUGCACCGGUGCCAGGCGUGCAGCGGAAAUUGACGAAAGAUAUUGUGAUAGACGGAAUCACGAUCCCAUCUGAAGGGAACAUCACCAUCUCGCCUACAGUACUCCACUGCAACCCGCAAGUCUAUCAGAAUCCCGAAAAGUUCGAUCCGGAUAGAUUCCUGCCGGAGGAAUGUCUCAAAAGACACUCCUAUGACUAUAUACCAUUCUCCGCGGGACUCCGAAAUUGUAUCGGUCAAAAGUUUUCAGUGUUAAAUGAAAAAGUUAUGCUGGUACAUAUUCUGAGAAACUUCCGACUGGUGCCGAAAAUUGGUUUUUAUGAAACGAAGCCGUUGUUCGAGGUUGUCGCAAAGCCGUCGCAUGGAAUCCCGAUGAAAUUGAUAAGAAGAUAUUGA